AUGUCGUCAUACACUGCGCAGCCAUCGCUUCCUCUUGAUAAAGACGAUGUAACGCGAGAUGGAAACAGCCGCCUGAUGGCGGAAUCUCCUGCAGUCAUCUCAAGAUUUUUUGAAGAUACUCCUGGGGUCCAAAUUCCUUUGGCCUCAUUGGAACUAUGGAACAUUCCCUACAUUGUCGAAGGGAUCUUAUCUACAACGUCAGUGUUUCAGUCUGUAGAGGAAUCGUGA